AUGUCGAACGUGCAGCAGAACCAGGCCUUCUACUCACUCACUCUAGAAGCGCCAUCUGCACCAGCCGCUGCCGUCACUUGCAACGUGAUCCCUGGAGCGAAGAGCACUGAUCAAUGCAUCUUCGAGGGACGCGGACAACAUGUUCUACUUCACAGGGUGGUGGAGAAUGCAGACCGCACGGAACGCAGCUUGGUGACGAUUGCGGAUCAGGAUGUUUUUGGCAUUGUCCGUGGGGUCGCGGCCUUUAGAAUUCCAGGCACUAGCACAGAUCAGUUGGUCGUCUCCUCCGACUCGGGGCGUAUCACCAUGCUCACCUACGACCACGAAAAGCAAAAAUUCAAGCGCGUCCACCUCGAAACCUAUGGCAAAUCUGGCAUUCGACGCACGAUUCCCGGCCACUACCUCGCCAGCGAUAGUCGUGGAAGAUGUAUAAUGCUGGCAUCGGUGGAGAAAAACAAGGUGGUGUACAUGAUGAACCGCCACGCCGACGGCAACAUCAUCAUGUCCAGCCCGCACGAGGCCAAUCAGUGGGGCAGUCUGUGUUUUGGCAUCUGCGCAUUGGAUACAGGUUGGGAACCGCCGAUCUUCGCUGCACUCGAGGUGGAAUAUACCGAAGCCGAUGGAGAUCCCAGCGGGGAUAUGUAUGAGCGGAGGGAGAAGCAGCUCGUCUACUACACGGUGGAUAUGGGUUUGAAUCAUGUGGUCAAGAGCUGGAGCGAUGUGGUGGAUUAUUCGGCGAACAUGAUCAUCGGAGUGCCAGGAGGUCAGGAUGGACCAUCAGGCGUGUUGGUCUGUGCUGAAGAUCGGAUCUACUACCAACACGACAAGCAUGCGUCUCUCUCUAUUCCAAUUCCGCGGAGGAAAGGCGCAACAGAGGAUCCCAACCGCAAAAGAAUCAUCGUCGCAUACUGCCUUCAUCUCGCCAAGACACGACACGAGUUCUUCUUCUUCGUCCAGACGGACGAUGGAGAUGUUUUCAAGUUGAGCAUGCAGAUGGAAAUGGACGCUCAAGGACGACAGACUGCGAAUCCCGAGCGCAUCGUACUCAAAUACUACGACACAUUCCCAGUUGCCCGCCAGAUGCUUCUCUUGAAGAAAGGCUACCUGUACAUUGCGACCGAGAAUGGCAACAGCCAUCUUCUUCAUGUUGACGACCUCGCCGAUGACCCCGAAUUUGAACCACACAACACCUUUACCUCCGAUGGCAUUUCAGCAGACCCGGCUGAGACAUACGAUCCGACAUACUUCCAACCACGCGAGCUUACAAUGACCCACCUAGCGAUCGACAUUCCCGGACUACAUCCUCUUCUCAAGACUAGGGUGGAGAAUUUGACUGGCGAGGAUGCGCCGCAGAUCUACGCUCUUCAGGGAACAGGAAACAAAAGCAAGUUCCAGACCAUUCGACACGGUCUGGACAUCGAGGAGAUCAUCGACAAUGACAUGGGUAACGUGCCAUACGAUAACAUCUGGACAUUCAAACACCGGUCAAGUGAUGAGUACCAYCGCUAUCUCCUUCUCAGCAGCAAUUACGGCGACUUGACAAUUGCUUGCUCGAUCGGAGACUCCGUCGAGCAGAUCGAAAAUUCGAGUUUCUUGGAGAAUCGUGCGACAGUCCAUGCGCAGCAGAUGGGAGAUGCAACGCUUGUUCAAGUACAUGCCCGUGGUAUCCGGAGUAUUCUCGAAUCUGGCGCUUUGAACGAGUGGCCGACACCAGCCCAUCGAACUGUUGUUGUCGCAUCCGCCAACGAGCGUCAACUCUUGCUCGCUUUGAGCUCUGCAGAACUCGCCUUCUUCUUCAUGCAAGACGAUGGUAUCCUUGUUCAGCUUGAGGAGAUGCCUGAGAUGAGCGGCAAGGUCACUGCUCUCUCUGUCGGUCAGACACCGAAGGGUCGCCAGCAAGCCAAGUAUGCUGUCGUUGGUUGUGACGACUGCACCAUUCGUGUCUUGAGCAUCGAGCUGGAUUCGCCUUUGGAGCCACGCAGUGUGCAAGCUCUCUCGGCUAUUCCUACAUCGCUCGAGGUUGUCGAAAUGCUCGACCCGUCAUCAAACACAUAUGUGAAUGUAGUUCACAUCGGUCUGCAGUCUGGCCUCUACCUCCGAGCUGUCAUUGACGAGACGACCGGUGAACUGGGAGAUGUUCGAACAAAAUUCCUCGGCACCCGUGCGCCCCGACUCUGUCCCGUGGAAGUGAACAACCAAGAGUGCGUCUUGGCCUGCUCCAGUCGGCCAUGGCUGGGCUAUAACCAUCCACAAUCUAACGUAUACACGGUCACGCCACUCAUCUCAGAGCCUCUGGAAGCAGCACGGUCCUUUAUCAGCCCUGAUCUCACUGGCCUUUGUGCAAUUCAAGGCUCACAUCUCCUCAUCAUCCAAAUACCUUCCAUCGAAGGCCGAUUAUCGUACUCAUCAAWCGACCUUAACUACACACCUCGCGCCAUGGACCGGAAUCCAUGGUACCCAAUUUUCUACACUGUCCAAUCUGACGCCAACACCCUCUCCGCCGCGACACGGCUUCAGAUGCGUGUGAAAAACGAGCCGUCGAUUAAGAAAGAAGGUGCAGAAGAGGAAGAAGCCACUGCGCUCGAGAAACAUCUCGGUCUUCCUCGAGGUGAAAAUCACUGGGCUUCCUGCAUCCAAGUCAUCGAUCCCAUAACCUCCAAAUCGGUUCUGAUGRCUCUCGAACUGGGCGAAAACGAAGCAGCCCUCUGCUGUGCUGUCGUCCAUUUCGCAUCUCGCGAAGGCGAGCUCUUCCUCGCUGUCGGCACCGGACAGCACAUGUCGCCUGGUACGCCGAAGGAAACCGUCGGAUAUAUCCAUAUCUACGCACUCCACGAUGAAGGUAGAAGGCUGGAAAAGGUUCACCAGACAGAGUUCGAAGCUCCUAUCUACGCGCUCACGCCAUUCAACGGUCGCAUAGCGCUGGGUGUGAGGGACGAGUUGUUCAUUUACGACAUCGGAAUGAAAGCUCUUCUUCGAAAGGCGAGAGGAACGGCUGUUCCCAACAUGAUUGUCUCACUUGCCAGCCAAGGCAACAGAAUCGUGUGUGGAGACGUCAGCGAAGGCGUGACGUAUGUGGUGUACAAGCCCAAAUACAACCGUCUGAUCCCCUUCGUCGACGAUGUCACGCAACGCUGGACCACAAGCGCGGGCAUGAUGGAUUACGAGAGUGUAGUCGGUGGAGACAAGUUCGGCAACAUUUGGGUUGUGAGGUGUCCGGAGCUUACUUCCAAGGAAGCAGACGAGGAAGGUGCUGGCGGGUAUAUCAUGAACGAGCGCAGCUAUCUCAACGGAGCACCUUAUCGACUGGAGCUACGGGCACACUACUUUGCGAACGACAUCCCGACGAGUGUGCAGAAAACAAGUCUGGUGGCUGGUGGUGCCGAAGUGGUCUUUUGGUCCGGCUUACAAGGAACAUUGGGAAUGCUUGUUCCCUUCGUGACGCGUGAGGAUGUUGAAUUCUUUACGACACUUGAGAGAGAGAUUCGUUCAGAAGAGCCGCCACUUGCGGGCCGCGAUCACUUGGCAUAUCGUAGUUACUACGUCCCGGUGAAGGGAGUAAUUGAUGGCGAUCUUUGCGAGCGAUUCUUGAAGCUGACGGUCGAUCAAAAGGCCAAAGUUGCGGCAGAAUGCGAGAGAGGGGUUGGGGAGGUGGAGAAGAAGGUCUUGGAGAUGAGAGGCAGAGUCGCAUUCUAG